AUGAUGAAGGGGAUCCCUUAUUUGAAGAAUAUGAAGGAGUAUAAAUGGGAGGUUGGGACAAUGUACGUAGAUAGGAAUGCUUUUAAGGAAUGUGUAACGAGCUAUGCUGUGCACAGUGGCAGAGGAAUAUGGUUUUCAAAGUGUGAUAGCCAUAGGUGCAAAGCUGUUUGCAAAGAAGGUUUAAAGUGGUUUGCUUACUGCCAUAAGAUGAAGAGAGAGGAUACAUGGCAACUGACCAGCUGUUACGAAAAACACACAUGCUCUAAGGCAACCAAGAUUGGUAUAAUGAGUUCUCAGUGGCUAAGUAAGGCUUUUAUGAAGAAGAUCUAUGAAAACCCGAAAAUCAAGUUGAGAAGUUUGAUAAAGAAGGCUCAUAGCAAGUGGAAUGUGGAUCUCACAAUGACCAAAGCUACCAGAGUGAAGCAGCAAGCCCUGGAUGAAAUUAAUGGUACUUAUGCAGAGCAAUAUAGGAGGAUUCAUGACUAUGCUGCAGAGUUACUGAGGUCUAAUCUGGGUUCCACUGUUCAGAUACAAGUGGAGAGACCUCCUGAAUUUCAACUAGAGACACCAACUCCUGGUACGGACAUGAGACCACGAUUUCAUAGGAUCUAUAUCUACUUGGAUGCUUGUAAACUGAGUUUCAUGAUUUUGCCAAUUGCCUAUGCUAUUGUUGAAGUAGAGACGAAAGACUUGUGGAGAUGGUUUUUGUUGAAUCUGUGUGAUGAUUUGGGAGUUGAUAAGAUCAUAUGGUGUACAUUCAUGAGCGACCAACAAAAGGGAUUAAUCCCAACCUUUGAUGAGUUGCUGCCUGGUAUAAACCACAGAUUUUGUGUCAGGCACUUAUAUAGCAACUUCAGAAAAAGGUUCCUAGGUGUUCAGCUAAAGAUGAUGAUAUGGAAAGCUGCAAAGGCAACAUAUGUCCAGGAGUGGGAGAGGAGGAUGAAGGAGAUUCAGCAGGUUAAUCAAGGAGCUUAUAAUCAUCUCAUGGAGAUCCCUGCCAAGUAUUGGAGCAAGUCAGAGGCUAGAGAGAAACCCAUUGUGUCUAUGCUAGAAGAUAUUACGGUUUAUCUAAUGAAUAGGUGGAGUGAUAACAGACAAAGUAUAGUUACAUAUGCCGGAGAAAUUUUGCCAAAAAUAAACAAGAAAAUUGAAAGAGAGUUUGAUAAGGGUGGGGAGUGGUUGGCCAUAUAUGCUGGUAAGGACAAGUAUGAAGUGUCUACCAGUCAGGGUAAUAGAGCCAAGUUUGUUGUGGACUUAAACUUACAUGAGUGCUCCUGUAGAAAGUUUCAACUAACAGGUUACCCUUGUGAGCAUGCCAUGAGUUACAUUAGGAAAAUGUGUCUAGAUGUUAAGAACUAUGUGAACAAGUGUUAUAGGAAAGAGACCUACGUGGACUGCUAUCAACAUAUAAUCUACCCACUGAAUGGACCAAAUUUUUGGUCCCAGACUGAGAAUGAUGAUGUGCUGCCACCAGUGUUUAGAAAACUAAUAGGGCACCCAAAACUGAGCAGGAACAAGACUGGUGAUGAGCCAUGCAACAAUGGACCACUAUCUAAGUUAUCCAGGACUGGACAACAACAAAAAUGUUCAUAUUGUUUUGCACUUGUCACAACAAAAGAACCUGCCCUAGAAAACAUUGCAACUCCACAAGCCAAGAAAGGUGCUGGCACAACUAGGACUCCAAAACCCAGCAAGAUCCCAGCCAAGACAACAACAUAA